AUCGAAGAAGAAUAAAAUGAAAACGUGAUGAUGAGUGAAUUCCUUUUAGAGCAUGUACUUCCGUUUUGAAAUGCUUGUUUUUGUUAAAUUCAUGUGAAUGACACUUACAACUUCCGGUUCUCCAGUGCGGUGAAUUAUUUGUUGUUGUUUAGAAGCAAGCACCUUAGUGUGUCAUUCUUCGCUGUGGUUCAACCUCAACCAGGGCCCCUCUGUUAUAAUCACACAGGCCUCUGGAGAGCUGGGAGCAUUAAGCAGUCUGCCAUGCACCUCCGGAAAAUGGAGGUAACCUCUGACAGGACUGUAUGAGGAGGCCUCUGUGUUUCUUUAGAAGCAGAGAAGACCACCACUGCUAUUUGAAGCCAUGGAGAAGAUGUCUCGGGUCACUACGGCCCUCGGCAGCAGCACCAUCAGCGGGCGCACCAUGUUCUGCCACCUGGACGCGCCCGCCAACGCCAUCAGUGUGUGCCGCGAUGCCACGCAGGUGGUGGUGGCCGGCCGCAAUAUCUUCAAGAUCUACGGCCUGGAGGAGGAGCAGUUUGUGGAGAAGCUCAACCUGCGUGUGGGCCGCAAGCCCUCGCUCAACUUCAGCUGCGCUGACGUCAUGUGGCACCAGAUGGAGGAGAACCUGCUGGCCACGGCUGCCACCAACGGGGCAGUAGUCACCUGGAACCUGGGCAAACCGUCGCGCAACAAGCAGGACCAGCUGUUCACCGAGCACAAGCGCACAGUCAAUAAGGUGUGCUUCCACCCCACCGAAGUCUACAUGCUGCUUAGUGGCUCCCAGGACGGCUACAUGAAGUGCUUCGACCUGCGCAAGAAAGAGUCUGUCAGCACCUUCUCAGGUCAGUCAGAGAGUGUAAGAGAUGUUCAGUUCAGCAUGAAGGAUUACUUUACUUUCGCUGCUUCCUUUGAGAAUGGUAAUGUCCAGCUGUGGGACAUACGGAGGCCAGACCGGUAUGAGAGGAUGUUCACAGCCCACACCGGACCUGUGUUUUGCUGUGACUGGCACCCCGAUGACCGGGGCUGGCUGGCCACUGGUGGCCGGGACAAGAUGGUGAAGGUGUGGGACAUGACCACCAACCGGGCCAAGGAGAUCUAUUGCGUCCAGACUAUUGCCUCGGUGGCCCGGGUCAAGUGGCGUCCUGAGAGGAAGUGGCACCUGGCCACCUGCUCUAUGAUGGUGGACCACAACAUCUAUGUGUGGGACAUCCGGAGGCCCUUCAUCCCCUUUGCCACCUUUGAGGAGCACAAGGAUGUGACCACAGGUAUUGUGUGGCGCCACCAGCACGACCCCUACUUCCUAUUGUCAGGUUCCAAGGACAGCACGCUCUACCAGCACAUGUUCAAGGAUGCCAGCCGGCCCGUGGACCGAGCCAACCCUGAGGGACUGUGCUUCGGCCUGUUUGGCGACCUUGCCUUCGCUGCCAAGGAGAGCCUCAUCAGUGGCGACGCCAACAGGAAGCCGUACCCGGGUGGUGACCGCCGCUACCCAAUCUUCUUCUUCAAAAAGCCCGACCUGACGGAGCAGUUUGCCCACGUGUCCAGCGCCCUCAGCGUGUUUGAGUCGUCUUUGGAGAGCAAGUGCAUGGACUGGUUUGUCAAGACGGCACGCCUCUACCUCCUCAGCGGCAAACCCUUUGCGGAGCUGUGUGACCACAAUGCCAAGGUGGCCAAGGAGCUCAACAGACCUCAGGUUUCCACUACAUGGACGAUGCUUCGGAUCAUGUUCUCAGACCCAGCGAACCUCUCAACGCCGGGUCCAAAUCACAUUGGCAAACUGGGCACCCUUCCUUUAAUGAACAGUUUCAGUAUGAAGGAGAUGGGCAUGGGGACGGAGAGCAGGCUGGACCGCAGUAAAGGAGAGAGCAGACAGGACAAUAUUCACCUAGAGCUUGGGAACUCUCUAAUCAACAGCAACAAUGACGAUAUUUGUCCCACUGCAGAGAAUGAAGAGACCGAGGGAAGUGAGGGCCAGGCGGAGUACAUGUUUGGUGAUGCUGAGCUGGACGACGAUGACCUCUACUCAAUGGAGCACGACAACCAGGCCGCGGAGGAGCAGGAGUACACGCUCCCCCAGGAGGCCUUCCCACUGCGCCACGAGAUCAUGGACAACCCGUUGGCGCCGGAGCACCUGCAGCAGGACAAGGCCGACUCGCCGCAAGCCAGCGGCAACGAGGCAGAUGUCAUGUGCUUGACGCCCAUCGAGUCCUUCUCCCUGAUCUCAAUCUCCCAGCCACUGUUCAGCCCCCAUCUUCCUGCCCCCUUCUUCUGCCCUGUGGUCAGGGAGAUGCUGAGCCAUUAUGCCGAGCAGGGCGACGUGCAGAUGGCUGUCUCGGUGCUCAUUGUCCUGGGAGACCGCAUCCGCAAGGAGAUCGACGACCUCACUCAGGAGCACUGGUACAUGUCCUACAUUGACUUGCUGCAGCGUUUCGAGCUGUGGAACGUGUCCAACGAGGUCAUCAAGUUGAGCACUUGCAGCGCCAUCACCUGUCUGAACCAGACAUCCACCACUCUGCAUGUCAACUGCAGCAACUGCAAACGGCCCAUGAGCAACAGGGGCUGGAUCUGUGACAGAUGCCACCAGUGUGCCAGCGUUUGUGCCGUGUGCCACCACGUGGUGAAGGGGCUGUUCGUGUGGUGCCAGGGCUGCAGUCACGGCGGGCACUUGGAGCACGUGAAGAACUGGCUAAAGAGCAGUUCCCACUGCCCGGCCGGCUGCGGUCACCUGUGUGAGUACACCUGACCCUCCGCUCCACCCCUGCCCAGCUUGCUCUCUGUGUGAGGGGGAGCACCACACCUCAGUGCCUGGCUCACCAUGGCCUGGGUCUCACACUCCAGGCUGGUGUCUGAUGAGACUGGGAUCCACAAGGGUCUGGCCAUGGUAGCAAGAUGGCUACUAUUGGAAGACGGGUGGGUAAGACUGGCGACCAAUCCACAGAACCAGUCUGAGAGGAGGACAUGUAUGUACCGUAUGGAGCACUGUUAAAAGUUUGAUGGGCCCCUGCCCUACUCAGUGCUCACCUUGGCAAUGACCGAAACUUGAAGUUAAGUGAAAACAAUCAUUUGUGAAUAUAUAUAUAUAUAUAUGCUGAGAUGGCCUUUAUUUUUAAUUUCUUCAAUGGCUUGCUCAGGUGGCCUUGUCUCUCACACACAGUUGGGCAGACUUCUAUGUUCUGCACAGUGUUUUCUAUGGCAAUAAAACAUUUAGACAGAAGCUCAGCUGUCUCUGUACCAUAAACCAAGUGAACUCGUAUUACCUCUGUCAGUGACCUUUUGAAUGGGACACAUUGCCAUAACAAUUAUUAUGGAACUAUAAUAUUUUAAAAGGAAUAAGUUACACGAUAUUAGACAGGUUAACUUGUGUUUACAUCUUAUUCAUUACAAUGUAAAAUUAGUCAUUAAUAAUCAGACUUGUGUAACUUUCAAACUAAAAUGUUGAGAAAUGACUUUGUUUAGGGAUGAAAAAUAGCCUGGAAAGUUAAAAUGUCCAUUAGAUUUGGUCAUUGAAUAGGUUCACUGACACGAUGCAAAACAUGUAUUUAUUCACUACAUUCACUGUGGUCAUGCUUAAAGAAAGAUGUAAACAUCAAUCACAAUAAAAUGGGAAGUUUGUGUAGUUCAGAGAGAUAUUACAGAAGAGACUAGUAACAUGGGUGUAGUGAAAGAUUAACACUGGAGGUUACGGACAUUGUUCUCGUCUAUAGGGAUUUUCUGUUCCAGACAUUACAUUCAGAAGGAUUACACUUCCUAACAUGAAACAGAAUAGAUUUUAAGAUAUCUUAAUGAAUUUAAAAAACACAACUAAUUUUAGGGGAUAUCCAACACAUUUUCAAAAAUGAAUUUACAUUCCUCUUCCUGUCAAAGAUCAGAUUAGUUAGAAACAUACGUGAUCUUUUAAUUUGUUUGGCUGCGUCACUGAUCACAGCAUGUGCAUUCAGACAGACCCCUUUUUCCACAUUUUGUUACGUUAUAGCUUAAGUCUAAAAUUGAUCAACUAUGUUUUUCCUCCCUCAAUCUACACACAAUACCCCAUAAUGACAAAGCGAAAACAGGUUUUUAGACAUUUUUGAAAAUGUAUUAAUAAAAAAAACUGUUAUAUAAAUAAGUAUUAAUGUACAACACCACCACCCAUUACACGAACGUUCAACCUAAACUUGAGGUUCAUUUGCGUUUCAAAUUAAAACAGUAUUUGAUUCAGAGAAGUACAUCUGACCUGCAUUAGGAAGUAUGCAGGGUUUUUAUUCCCACAGCUCGCUGCCAGCGUAAGGGGUGUCAGGCCUUUGCCAGUGGCCAUUGAUAUUCACUUCAGCUUCCAGCAAGAGAUUAGCAAUGUUGACAUGCCCAAUCUAUGAAGCAUACAUCAGCGGAGUCCCGCCACCAAUGUUUUUUCUAUCCACGUUCGCCUCCCCUCUAAAAGGCCAUAGUAUCACAUUACUAUCAAUGAAUGUUGUGAGAAGCAUCUCUCACACCAAAUUCAACAUUGAUGAGGUACUCACUUUUUAAUACACUGAUGCUACAUCAUACAGGCCAAUGUAGUAGGCGGUGGAGUGAUACAUCCAAUUCCUCGGGUCGUACUAAAGUGUUAAUGUCCCCAAGCCACAGGGAGAGGCUGACACCAAACUGCUCCGAUUCACUCGCAUCAUCGCUCAACUCCGACAUUUUUACCCCAGCACAGAGCUGCAAUCUGCACACAGGUGCCCAACUGAGAAAGAAAGCAGUGGUGAAAUUGUGCUGUAACCAACUCUUCUCUAGCUAGCUUACAAAACAGGCCAAGCUAAUUUGUUGCGCCCUUUUUGGGGGAUGGGACUAAAAGCUACCAACUAGCUGGCUAUUUGCCAUAAGAUACCGACCCCACCGUUAACGCUUGUUUAAAGUGAGCUGCACUGGGGUAUGAACACAAUCAUGGUUACAUUAAGACACCGUGGAGCCAGCGUGAGAUAUUGCUCGGAAAACAUAGCUCAAUGCAGGGAUGGGAUAUGCCAAUGUACUCCAAAUUGUACCUCUAUCCACACUGCUCCAUCGAGAAGAUUAAAAUACUGCUAGUUUUCCCAGAAAACGCCCCUUUUCUUCUAGCUAGCUCGUAGUAGUCACCGCAGCCAUUUUUGGAAUGGCACGUCUCAUUGGCACUGAGGAACUGAUCCAGGGCGAGGGGGAUCCUAAGAGGCUCCCUGUGAGUAGGCAGAGGCAAUAGAGUGAUAAAAAUAAACAUGUAUUUCAGUAAGGUUGGCUUCUUAGUGUUCAUAGCCAUGGUUAUCAACUGUAACACAGAAAUGGAAAGGAAAUUACCAAAAAUAGAUAUAGUGGUGGUCACCACAGAGAAGUAUUUAGGUGUAUGAGAUUUUACUGCAGAGGAGUUACAAGGUGUGUUGAACAAUAGUGUCCCGUCCUCCCAGGCAGCCAGCCUGGUGUAGGAUGAAAUAGGGCUAAGUAGUGGAAUAGUGGUGAGGUUUCAAUGGGUGUCCUGUUAGUUGGUAGGGCAAUUUGUCUUCCCUGUCCUUCUUCCCUUCCCUUUUGUGUCACAAAGUGUAAUGAUUUCAAAUUAUAGAACAGUAGGCGGAAACAAGUGGUGUAGCGGGGAAGUUUUUUUAAGAGCCCUGACGCUCAAUCGGAACAUUAAAACGUGUUGCUUGCAGUGCGGUUUAGGAAGCAUAAGGAUCUUACCAUUCAGAUCAGCUAAAAAAUAUAUAUGGUUAAAUUGAUUGUAAUGACGUUGGCCUGGGGGUAGGUUUAAAUACCUCUCCCCCUUUUUCCUCUCUCUACCCUAUUAAUGUUACAUUUGCAAAACCCUUGGUUAACAUGGAGAUUCUGGGAACAUCAGAAGUUGGGGGGAAAUUAAUUAUAUUCUGGUAAUCCGACCAAUUGAACAUAUGCGGUGGUACUUAAUGAAUAGGAUGUCAGUUCGGUUGUCAUCUGAGACAUUCUCAUCAAUGAUAAAAUGACAAACUCUACAGUGAAAAGUCUACACAUCAGAGUUAUCGGAUUCACAUGGAAUUGUUGUUCAAUUUAAAUGUUUGAAUAUGAAAUUAUUCGUGAUGGGAUGAAAUGUGAUUUUAGCUUCUAAAAUGUGAGAUUUGGGUUUUCAUAAGAUAGGGCUCUGCUCAAUCAGUGGCCCGCCCCUGUGAAGGGACAUGGGCUAUGGGCUAUAAAACACACCCUCCUCUCCCUUCCUAUAUAAGCCCUUGAUGACAAUAUAACCUCCUGUUCCGAGGUCGACGGUCCGAUGUCAGAAUGGUUCAGAUAAUAACUACAGAACGAAGACAACAGUGUGAGCUUUGGUUGCGAAAGGUGUGAACUUUGAACUCUUAUUCAUUACAGAAGUGAUACCUCCUAGCCGUUGAGUUAGCAACAGCCAGCCGCUGCAAACGAGGUUUAGGAAGGAACAGAGUAUCCCGUCUACCACACAACAACGUUACUACAACGUAUUCAAUUUACCAGCAGAGACAUUCUUCAAAGGACUCGGUUGGGCAACACGGCCUUCCAUCUACCACCAACCUACCGAAACGCAGCUCAGAGUAAAUAUUUAUUGCAUUUUCCUUUUCCAAAUGGGCGGUAAUUUAGAAUGCAUAAGAUACUGUAUUUACGAUAGCACAGCUUCGCCCUUUGUUCAUCAGUCUUCCCGCUCUUUCACUCAAACCCAGCCCCUUUUCUUUUGUGUAACCAGCUGUCAUAUCUGUUCCGCCCACCAGGGAUGUUUCCCUUUAUGACGUAAUCUGUAAUCAAGUUAUGAUUUAAAUAUGUGUAUCUGUAACUCUGUGUGAUUAGUUAGGUAUUUAGUAAAUAAAUAAUUAAACCCAA